CUCUGUACUGGAGCCAAGUCACAAGGAAAAUUAAUGUGGAGCAUUUUUAAACUGAGAGAGAGACACACCCAGUACCUGACUGAAAGGAAAUGGGACCAAAAGUGAAAGUAAAAUGUGGAACAGCUUUAAGUUUAGAGAGACACUCAGUACCUACGAACCCAACAACUGAUUACAAGAUCUCCACGCUAUCAGCUCCUCUUCAUCAUGGCGGGAUCAAGUCAAACAAAGAUAGUCCUGCUGGGAAAAACUGGCAGUGGGAAGAGCGGCCUUGGAAACACCAUACUGGGAGAAGAUCUGUUUAAGGAAAACAUGUCUCCAAACUCUGAGACAGAUGAAUGCCAAGUUGAAUCUAAAGAUGUCAACGGAGCUCGUGUCAAAGUCAUCGACACGCCCGGCUUCUUUGGAAACAAUACGGAUGAAGAGAAGGUGAAGACUGAAAUUCUAAAGUGUAUCGAAAUGGCCGCGCCUGAGAUUCACGCGUUUCUCAUUGUGCUGAAUGUGGGACGGUACGCAGACCAGGAGAAGGAGGUCAUCAAUAAAAUAAAGGAAUGUUUCUCAGAUGAGGCUCUGAAACACGCUGUGGUCGUGUUCACGCAUGGCGAUCAGCUGAGAGAAGGGCAGAAGAUUGAGGAUUUUAUUAGAGAGAAUCGUGAUCUGAGAAAGCUGGUGGAGAAGUGUGGAAGCAGGUGCCACGUUGUGGAUAAUAAAUACUGGAAAGAGCAGCAGGACGGCUACAGGAGCAACAGGUUUCAGGUGGACCAGCUUCUCAACACGAUAGAGAUAAUGAAAAGCGAGCAGGGCGGCUACACCAGCAACUUACUGCAAGAGGUGGGGAAAGUGAAAAAGAUGAUAAAAGACAAGCUACGCAGCUUCGCCACUCACUCACUUCAAGUGGUGAGGAAAGUGAAAGAAGCAAUGCCCUGGGGGCAGAUUUUGAAGGUAUCAAUUGGAGCUACAGUAGGAAUGGUGCUGGGAGCAUUUCUUGGUGCUUUUAUAUGCAAACCACAUCCAUAUAUUGGUGCAGGUGGUGGGGUAGUGGCCGGUGGCGCAGUUGGGGCAGCUGUAGCUUACAACAGUGAAACAAUAAUGGACGCUGUUGUAAAUAUAACUAAAAUAUUUUUCCAGGUCGGAGGCAAAACGCUGAGCAUAUCAUGCUAUGUAAACGAUCCAAACAGUAGUGGACUGAAGGAGCUAAUGUUGAUGCCUGAAUAAAGUAAAGGAAUUAAAUUACAAGGGCAAGAUGCUCAGACUACAUGAAGACUGAUGAUGUACAUUUUUGUCCUUAAUGGUUCUGCAACAGAACGUGGAACCAUAAAGGACACUGUUUUGAAACUCAUCAGUUUUCAAAAAUAAUUGCUCCUGGUUCCUUAAAAUGUCAGAUUUGUGUGUUUGUGUAGCCUAAAUGACGGAAAACCUUUUCCGGAUAAUACACCUAAAAUCAUCUCCAUCUGGACGGGGACUUAGUUUGUCGAAUGUUUUAGAUCAGGGGUCUCGAACUCCAAUCCUUGAGGGCCAGUGUCCUACAAGUUUUAGAUGUGCCUCUGCUGCACCACACCUGAAUAGAAUAAUUAGGUCAUUAAGGCUCUGGGGAACUGAUCUACACAAGGAGGAGGUCAUUAAGCCAUUUCAUUCCAGUGUUUUGUACCUGUGGCAUCUAAAAACUGCAGGACUGCGGCCCUCGAGGACUGGAGUUUGAGACCCCUGGCUUAGAUGUUUGUCUUCAUGGAGGGUUAAAAUUGAGGAGGGAGUAAAAGCAUCAAAGCAAACAAACUAUAAAGCCUCUGAUAAAUCUGCCAUCAGCAACUGUGGAAGUGGUUGAUAAUGUUUGUAAAAUGUUAUUUAAACAGCAGGAGAGAAGAUUAGUUAUGUAAAUAAUACAACAAAAUGAUGAUGGAUACAGAAGGUUUGGGGGGAAACAUUGUUCUUCACAUUAAUUUUUACAUCUUUAAAAAAAACUGUCUGAAUUGCAGCUUCACAUCAGGUACUAUAAUAUACUAUUCUAUAUUACAUGAAAGUAGAAAUAAAUCUAAAUAGUUUUUCAUUUACAAAAUGUAGAAAACUGAUAUGUUCUGGGAAACUAUUUGUGCUAAUGGCUGUUUUUUGAACCACAUUUUGGACCAACAUUGUUGAUUCAAACCUUAAUAACCUUUUCAUAGCAUAACAGUUACUGUUUCCUGUAAUUAUAUUCUUAUUGCAUUGUUUAGUUUGUUGUUUUUCUGAAUGCAAAAUUGAAAUUGCCAGUUAACUUGAGCUUUUCAUGUUAGCCCAACUUAUUUCUUUAUAACUGUAAAACAGAAUUGUUUAUGUAAAAAAAAGAAAUGUAUUUGCAAAAAAAACCCUCUUUUCUGAUUUCUUACAUUAAUCAUAACUUGUGAAUGUAUGUUGAAAAAUUAAGAUUUAAGUAAUUCUUUUUUUUCCUUUACAAAUAUUUCAAUUAUUGUCAAUGUUACUGUCUUUUUUUCAAACCAAUAAAACUUGAUUGAUCUGAA